AUGGGUGGAAUAUUGGCCAUUUUCAAGAGAUUCAAGCCACACCUUCUCACGGUUUUGGCUCAAUUUGGAUACACAUUCCUUUACUUCUUCACUGAAGCUUCUUUCAAACAUGGCAUGAAUCCUCACGUCUAUGUGACCUACAGAAACCUUGUAGCUGGUGUGUUCAUGUUUCCUUUUGCCUAUUUCCUUGAGAAAAAAACUAGGCCAAAGUUCACACUCGCAUUGUGUUUGGAGAUAUCUGUACUCUCACUUUUUGGGCUCAGCUUAUCACCAAACAUGUACUUUGUGAGCUUAAGAUACACAUCUCCAACGUUCGUGACAUCCAUGGUCAACACCAUCGCUUCAUUGACUUUUCUAGUAGCAGUCCUUCUCAGAUUGGAGGGUCUGGAUAGAAGCACACGUGGUAUGGCAAAGAUUGCUGGGACCUUAGUUUCACUGGCGGGUGUGAUGGUCAUGACACUCUAUAGAGGACCAGUUUUGAGGAAUGUUGGGGAUGCUCCUAUUCACAUCCAAGCAAGUACUACCAUCCACGAAAAUUGGAUGAAGGGAUCCAUUCUUACAGUUGCAUGCUGCAUCACAUGGGCUUUGUGGUAUAUCAUGCAGGCAAUCACAUUGAAGAAAUAUCCGGCCCAGCUUUCACUAACAGCGUGGAUGAACUUUGUUGGUGGGGCCCAAUCAGCUGUUUUCACAGCAUGCAUGGUUCAUAAACCCAAGGCGUGGACCGUUGGAUUCAACAUCGACCUCUGGAAUAUCCUAUAUUCUGGAGUGGUAGUCUCUGGUUUAAUAUACUACGUACAGCUAUGGUGCAAUAAAGAAAAAGGACCCGUGUUUGUAUCCAUGUUCAGCCCUGUUGCAGCUAUACUUGUUGCAAUACUAGCAUACUUUGUUCUUGGCGAAAAACUACACACAGGAAGCAUAAUAGGAGGUGUUAUUGUCAUCAUUGGACUCUACCUGGUGUUGUGGGGCAAAGAAGGAGAUCAUGUGGACCAGAUCAAGUCUCAAGAGGCCUCCUUGACUUGUGAAGAACCAAAGGAAGGAAGCCAAGAUAGAAGUAUUUAUUUUAGUGGAGAGGGAGAUAACUUGAAGAGAUCCCUGGAGGUUUAA